AUGUAUGUCAACAAUGACCAUGAUUUAUCUGUAUGUAAGAGAGAAAUACAAAUUGCAAAAACACUAAGUGGGCACAAGAACAUCAUCAAAUAUGUAGAAUCCAGUAUUACUGUCACCCCAAACAAAGUCUAUGAGGUCUUAAUAUUAUUACAGUAUUGUCGUGGUCAUGUGAUGCAGAUGAUGUCUGAUAGAAUUGGGACAGGUUUCAGUGAAAAGGAAGUUUUGAACAUAUUCUCUGAUGUAUGUGAAGCUGUUUCUCGAUUACACCACUGCCAGACUCCAAUUAUACACAGAGAUCUCAAGGUGGAGAACAUUUUGCGAGAAGAUAGUGGAAAUUAUGUCCUCUGUGAUUUUGGCAGUGCCACAGCAAAGUUCUUGAACCCUGUCCAACAUGGAGUCAGUCAAGUGGAGGAAGAGAUUCGCAGGUACACUACACUUCCAUAUCGAGCCCCUGAAAUGGUUGACCUCUAUGGUGGCAAAACUAUAACAACAAAAUCAGACAUUUGGGCUUUGGGAUGUCUACUAUAUCGGCUGUGUUUUUUCUCAUUGCCUUUUGGAGAAAGUGCUUUAGCAAUUCAAAGUGGAAACUUUACUAUCCCAGACAAUUCAAGGUAUUCAAAAGAACUUCAUUCUCUUAUAGCUUAUAUGCUGGAAGUGGAUCCUGAAAAGCGCCCUGAUAUAUACCAAGUUUCCUAUGUUGCCUUCUUGCUCCAGAGCAAGGAUUCUCCAGUGCCCAACAUGAAUUGUUCCCCAAAUCCUGACAUAGCGAAAUUACCUUGUCCAUUAACUGAACAAGAAUUCAAACAAGUGAAGACAACAACCUUCAAAACCGUCACAACUCCAACCAUUGAGACGACAACUGUUACACCUCGACAAAGACCUAAAGGACAAGCUAUGCCACAAAGCGGUGCCCUUGGUCUGCCUGUCCACACCUCAGUCACAUCUCGGAAACGUCCAGAGUUGCCACAGACAUCUCCAGCAUCAAACGCUGUGUCUCCAAUGCAAACAUUUCCUCAACAAGGGGCUGUACCUCCAACGCCAUCUUCCAUAACAACCUCACACACAGCAUCGGUAGUACAUCAGUUUGAUCCUCGGCAACAUUCAGCUGGACAGACAACUUCUUCAUCUUAUAACCAAAGCCAAGGACCACCAGUGCAACAGCAGCAGCAACAGCAACAACAACAGGCACCAGCCCAACCCCAAUCCCAGCCAUUAUCGCAGCCCACAUCGACAUCACAACUUGCAAGUUCUGCUAAUACCACUAGCAUGAACCCUUUACAAACCCAAUCCAUAUACAUGCAGCAGCAACAACAGCACCACCAACAACAGCAGCAGCAGCAGCAGCAACAACAGAUGCAAUCUGUGUAUAAUUUACAACAGUCGCAAAUGACGCCCGUCUCCCAGGUAAUGCCACAUCCACAGCAAAUAAUACCAGCUGUUGGACCCCCUGGGGGACAGGCCCAGUUUGCUGCCCCUGCAUCUCUUCCACAUCAACAAAAAAAUAAUCAACUACCAAGCAAACAAGUGACCCCUCCAACCUCAAUGCAAAAUCAAUUCUGUGCCUCUGGCCUUCCCCCGGUGACAAUGACUAGGGGCCAGUCUCAGUCUAGUAUGGUGAACACUGAUGGUGGUGCUUAUACUUCACCCCCUACUGAUCUGCUACUUUCUGAUAAAUCUCCUGUGAUUAACCGUCCAGUGACACACCUGCUGCCACUGGAUGCAGGUGGAGGAGGAGGUGCUGGCAAACCUAAGGCUGUGGAACUUCCACUUACUUUGACGCAUCAGGCCAAGGAUCCUCAUCAGGCAGCUGAACAUCCUGUUAGAAAUGCUGGAAAGCUAACGACUGCUAAGAAUGAUAGCCAGCCGUUGAUCUCAAUCACACCACCUCAUUCUCCACCACCUCCAACCCGCACUUCAGUGAAAGGUCAUCGGCGUAAUGUUAGUGACACAUCUUAUAUUACAAUGGGCGGCAAAGGAAGUGCAUUCAGGUCCCCUAAUCUUUCAAGGCCACUAUCUAUGGAUAUGUCAGAAUGGAAUCCAUUUGGAGAGGAUAAUUUUAGUUCAUAUACAGAGGAUAUUAUCUUUGGGAAAGAAUUUGAUAAAAUUCGAAGAGGUUCCAAUAGCAGCAAGAGCUCUUCCACCUCCAAGCAUGUUCCUGGUCAUCGUGGCUCAUCCCACCACCAUCACCAUAAUCAACAACAACUACAACAGCGGCGGCAUGGCCGUAGCAGUUCGGACAGCUCACACUCCAGUCUGGGAGUAUCGACCACCUCAAGCAAUCAAGACAUAAGCUGUAUAGUUUCAAGGAUUGUUUAUAAUGAUGUCGUUAAGAUACUGGAACGCCGAGCAUCAUGCAUUUGUAAGGGAGAUAAUUUGAAAGAAAAUGUUUCCAUUACAAAUUUUGAUGAUGUUGUUCCGAAAAGCCCUCGGCGCCAUAGCACCGGUUCAGCAGACGUAGCACUUGAACACACCAAGGAUCUGAUUGAUUUCAACUCAGAGACAGGUGGCAAGUCCCACGACAUUUUUGGAGGCAACACUUUGAUAAAAGUGGCAUUAGGGUUGGCUUCGAAGAAAUACAAGCAACUCGUGGACACAGAUGAGAAGGAGGAAAAGAAACGGCCUGAAAGCAAAGGUAAGAAGCUAGGAAGCAAGCCAGCUGUUGUUCAACCUAAAGAACUUGUUGAUUCAAGUUCUGAAGAUUACCAAGGUGGCAUCAUUAACCAAGGUGCUGCUGACUUCAGCUACCAAGAACUUGAUGAUGAAUAUGGCAGUCGUCCAAGUGCUGUGAAACCGACAAAACACAAAGAAGGAUUUGAGUCAAUUGAAGAAUAUGAUGCAAGCAAGAACAUUAGAAACUUCCCAAGUGACCAUUCAAUUUCCCAUUACCAAGUACCUGAAGGCCAGGGAGACAGAAUUGUUGGACACGAGUAUGGUGUGAAACCCUUGCUUGAUGAUGAUGAGCUUGAAGAUACAUAUGCAAAUGUUGGUGCUUCUCAGAGCAGUAAUCUUCAGACAAAGAGACAGACUAUGAGCCAGGAGAAUAUUGGCUGUGAGGCUGGCCUCAUGAACUCUCCGUUUGACGAAGAUGUUUUUGCGGCAGCCCCAUUCCCCAUUAAAUCAAACACCAAACGGCGACCUAUCAGUGCAAUUAUAACAAGCUCAACUUCAACAGCUUUAUCCUCUUCCUCAUACCUACUAGAAGAUGUGUUUGCAAAAGCUCCAUUCAGGAGCAAACUAAGCAACAAACUGCGAGGUGUCAGCAAGAGGAAACGAACAAGCAGCUCAACUCAUUCACUGUCCACUCCGCACACUCCACCGACAGUCAACGAUGAUGUGUUUUCAAAGGCACCAUUUAGUGGCAAGAAAACCCCUAGCUCCAUUCCCACUGCCCCCUCUUCAUGUGCUGUUACACCCGAUCUGGAACCUCCACAACCAGUUCCAAUGUUUGAACCUUCACAGACUGUCACUCCGGAGAUGGAGUUCUGCAGCUCUCCAAGUCAGGCAAGUUCAGUGCCAUCUUCAGCUGGCAGCCAAGAUGUCUUUGGUGCUGUGCCAUUUCCUGACAUGUCUUCUGUAUAUCCUAGCACAUUACAGCCACAUCUCAGUAGCAGCAGUGAAGACAUCAUAAAACUAAGUCCUCCCCUAGACGAUCAGCAGUCAGAAGACUCGUUCCUCUUGGCAUUGUGUGAUGCUGAAACUUCUGCUGAGGGACCAAACCACACAUGUGCUGAGAGCCCUUCUAGUGAGGAUGAGGCCUUCCGACAGAUGGCAGAGUCAUCGGCAGCGAGGACUUCAACUCAAGUGGCAACCUCUACUAAACAUUCCAAAAGCAGUAAAUCUAAAUUCCGUAGAGGUCUAAGAGACAUCUCCAGUUCUGCUUUUUCCAAUAUGAGUUACUUUGAUGAUGAACUGGAGCAUGAUGAUGAUAGAAUGCACUCUGAACCUGCUGGUACUAGCCCCCAAGUGACGUCUGUGAUGCUAAUUCCUCUAUUUACUUAUUGCUGCAACAUCAUUCCCCUCCCCCAACCAAAUUGUUUUUUCUUCUUUUUUUUUUCAGCAGUGCUUUUACCCCCCUCCCUUCCCCCCCCAAAUAGUGCAUACACUGAGUUGUAA